AUGUGGUCGUUUUUCUCUCGGGAUCCUACGAAAGACUUUCCUUACGAAGUAGGAGAUCCUGUGCCUGGAUUAGAAGAUAGAAGUGUGUGGACUUUACACAAAGGCAAGAAGAGAGGGACGCAAGAUGAAGUAUCAAUAUUUUUAUUCGAUGUUCAGAAGCAUUCUGAAACACUAUUCGACAUAGCUAAGGCCUCCCUAAAGAAACUAAAGACUAUGAGACACCCUAGCCUUUUACAUUAUUUAGAUAGCUGUGAAACUGAAAAAUUUUUAUAUGUAGCUACUGAGUAUGUAGAUCCUCUAGCCACGCACAUAGAAGAUUUAAAACUUGAGGGUCCUCAGAAGGAAUUAUUUCUUUCGUGGGGUAUUUUUCAAAUCACUAGAGCAUUAUCAUUUUUAAAUAAUGAUGGUAACAUGAGGCACAAUAAUGUGUGUCUAUACUCAGUCUUUGUUACCUUGGCGGGGGAAUGGAAACUCGGGGGUUUUGAGUUCCUCUCGGCUCAAGGAGGUGCAGAAACUAGCACCCCUAUACCUAUAAAAAUAUUGCCAGCUCUUGAAAUUUAUGACCCUCCAGAAAAGAAGGAUCCUGCUAAAUUAAAAACAGUUACCAAAUGCUCUUCAGACAUGUGGGGCUUAGGAUGCCUAAUAUGGGAGGCAUAUAACGGUCCUCUAAAGAACCAGCCGGCACUGAAGACCACUGACAACAUUCCUAAGCAACUAUGCACUUUAUACUGUGAACUGGUCAGUGCCAACCCCGCAUCUAGACCAAAUCCAGCUGACAUUAUAACCAGGUGUAGGAAAAUAGGAGGCUACUUCAAAAAUGAUUUGAUAGAUUCUAUGCUGUUUCUGGAAGAGAUUCAGAUCAAGGAUAAGGCGGAGAAAGGGAAGUUUUUCUCCACUCUCAGCUCCCAUCUAGACGGUUUCCCUGAAGCUGUGUGUGUUCACAAGAUUCUGCCGCAGUUGAUGACAGCAUUCCACUAUGGAGAUGCUGGGUCUUUUGUCUUAGCACCCAUGUUUAAGCUGGGUAAACUGCUAGACGAUGCCGAGUACCAGAAGCAAAUAGUGCCGUGCGUCAUCAAGCUGUUUGCCUCCAACGACAGGACGACGCGGUCUCGACUGCUGCAGCAGCUGGACCAGUUCAUCAUGCAUCUCCAGAACUCUACGGUGAACGACCAGAUAUUCCCGCAGGUGGUGCACGGGUUCCUCGACACGAACCCUAUAAUCAGGGAGCAGACAGUCAAGUCCAUCGUCCACCUGUCCUCUAAGCUUAACUACAAUAACCUAAACGUGGAGGUCCUGCGACACUUCGCUAGGUUACAGGCUAAGGAUGACCAGGGCGGUAUACGAACCAACACAACAGUCUGCCUCGGCAAGAUAGCUCAGCACUUGCACCCACAGAUUCGCCAGAAGGUCCUAGUGUCAGCGUUUGUGCGCGCUACCCGCGACAACUUCCCGCCGGCUCGCCAAGCGGGCGUACUGGCGCUGGCGGCGACGCAACAAUACUUCUUACUGGCUGAGGUCGCCAACAGAGUACUGCCUGCUUUAUGCCCACUGACUAACGACCCGGAGAAACAAGUUCGCGAUGCAGCUUUUAGAACUAUAAAAGGAUUUCUCGGCAAAUUAGAAAAAGUCUCUGAGGACCCCAGUUUGAAGGAGGGAAUGGAAGCGGACGUCCACACGGCGACUCCCUCGCUGAGUAACGCUGCGGCGACGUGGGCCGGCUGGGCCGUCACCGCCGUCACAGCCAAGUUCUACCGCUCGCACUCCGACACGGCGCGAGUCUCUCACCCCAAGUCCGUUCUGUCCAAGCCUGGAUCACUCGAGCAACCGUCAUCGAGCAGUAUGUCAACAACUACAUCGUCAGUGACCUCGAUGACGUCACUGGAGCACAGUGAGUCGGCUUCCGACUAUGAUCCAGAUCAUUGGGACAUGGCGGCUUGGGGCGAGAUCGACUCUAGCGCAGGUACCGGCGCAAGCGCAAAGUCCCCGCCGAGCAGUGGCAGUGCGCAAGCGACGCCUGCGCUUGCUGCUCUCUGUGAGGACGACUGGGACAACGAGGAAUGGGGCGAGCUACAAGAACAGCCUUGUGCAGAAGCAGAAUUGGCGAGCCCUUCAGAAACUUGGAACAAUUCUCAAUGGACGGACCCUAUCUUCAACAAUGCUAACGCGACAUACGUCCGCGGUGGACGCUUGGAACACAGACCCACUGCGCAUCAGAACAGUAACGACUCCCUCGGCGGAUGGGAGGACAGCGAGUUCGAACCCAUCGAGGAAAAUGCUGACGAAAAUAACGCCUCAAAAAUGGACGAGAUGCGAAGAAAGAGAGAGGAGAGGAAACUUCAAAGACAGAGGGAGAUGGAAGCUCGUCGUUCGGCUCGGGGUCAAGGACCUAUGAAACUGGGCACUAAGAUCACCACCGCGCCUCCGCCAUUUUAA